UCAACUCAUUAUCCCGUAAAAGUUUUCACAAAUGUAAAUUCCUUGAACCUCAAUAUUUGAUUUUCAUGUCACCAAGAUUUCUAUAUUUAAACACUGCUACUCAUAUCACUUAGAUGUACUCAAAACCUUAGCUUAUUGAUUACUAACGAGAUUCCAAAGGAAAUGGGAAGAGGGAAACAGAUAUGUCAAGGUAAACAACACUAUAGUCAUCCACACAUGUUGAAACCAAUUGUCAAUCCAACUGAAACUUUCACUUGCAAUGCUUGUGAGCAACCAAACAUUGCUAGUAAUUUCUAUGGCUGCAAUACCUGCCAAUAUUUCCUCCAUGAAAAUUGCCUCAACGCUCCGCGUUUUCUUCAUCACUCAUCUCAUCUAUCCCACCACUUGACCCUUCUUCCAGUUCCAACUUACUCGAAUCGUUCUUAUACUUGCAAGGCUUGUGGCUCUGCUGGCAAUGGCUGUAGUUAUAGCUGUGCCUGUUGCGACUUCGAUAUCCAUAUGCACUGUGCCCUUUUGCCCCAAACUGUUGUCCUUUCCCAGGACCAUCAUCAUGAACUUGGCCUCAUUUUUGAAUCCCCUUUUGAUGACGAGGCUGACGAAAACACGGUUUUUGUUUGUGAUGUCUGUUACGACAAUGUAGAUCUUAAUAACUGGUUGUAUUAUUGUGCUGAUUGUGAUUUUGGCACACAUCUCGAAUGUGCCAUUUCCAAACCUGUCAGACAACAAGAACAGAAACAGAGGAAAACAGAGGAGGAACCAAUCAAGAUACAAGAAACCAAUCAAAAAGAAGAGGAAAACAGAGGAGUGACGGAUAAAGUGAGAAAAAUGAAGCAUUUUAGCCACUCCCAUGCUUUAGAACUCUCUGAAGUUCAACAAUCAAAUGAGAUAAUUUGCUCAGGCUGUGAGAAUAAACUUUGCGGCAUUGCUAAUUACAAAUGCACAAAAUCCAAUUGUGAAUUCACUCUUGACAAAUCGUGCUUCGAAUUGCCAAGAAAAAUACAACACAAUUCUCAUCCUAAUCACCCUCUCACUUUGUACCCUACUCCACCCGAACGACGACUCUAUUUUGGUUGCAAUGCUUGUGGCGAAGUACCAAAAUCCUUUGUCUACGAAUGUCUCGAAUGCAACUUUAGUCUCCAUGCCAAAUGUGCUACAUCUUGGCCUGAAAAUGUGGCUCGUGAGGAUCAUCAGCAUUCCCUUACACUACAAUAUCAAUGGCCAUUCCCUAUGGAACAUUCUGUGUAUAUCUAUUGCAACGUGUGCGAUGGACUUUGCAAUGAUAGCUUAUGGCUUUAUUAUUGUGCCGAGUGUAAAUUUGGCACGCACUUGAAAUGUGUGACGGUUAAAAAGGAAGUAGGUUCGAGCCUUGGGAAUGAAAAAGAACAUGUAAACGAAGGGAUGACUAAUGCAGAGAGAUUGAUGAUGGCGACGAUCGAACUUCAAGACCAUCAGGCAAGGAUGAAUUUUCAAUCCAAUAUGGCCCAUCAGAACACCCAUUUUAUGAACAAUUUGUUUGGUAGGUCUCAUCGUUAUUACUAAGGGUUCUUCUUCGGAAAAUAAAAUAAAAACUAUUUUCUUAUUAUAUGGUAUUGCCAUUGGAGAAAUCGUCUCUAGUUACAAGUUAAGCUGGUUAAUUAUUUUGGGAGUUGUUGCUUUUCCAUUCUAUAUAUCUCUGUGCUAUUUUCUUGUAUUUCAAUUUUAAUAUCAAUCAAUAAAAUAAGUCUCUUGUUUGUUCCAA